ACACCUUUAUUUCAUCUUUUCACGACAAGCACUUCAUCCGGCUUUAACCGUUUGACGGAAAUGUUACUUAGUUUACUACUUUUUCAUGGGCUGUUCUAAAAGAAAGAAACGAACACUGUGAGCUAACCACGCCAUGGAAAUGCGCAUUUUUCAGCUGGUCCAAGCAGUUGUCAUCGGAUUUCUUUUUUUGAUCGCAUUUGGAUCAAGCUCGGAUAUACCACCAACAGAAUCAAGUAAGUGUUAUUUUGCUCCCUUGCCUCCGUAAAGAAAGCUUUGCAAAGCAUUUAACUGCGAAAUGGAAAAAGCUAAUAAAUAACUUCAAUUUCGUGCAAUUACCUCGAGGUUACCCCGUAUCGAUCGUUGUAUUCGAUACGAUUGUUUCGACAGUACACUGACUAUGAUGCUUUUUAAUCGCGUUAAGGUUUUCUUUACCACAACACGUAGUUUGUGUUUGUAGUCGGUGCUAAGAAGACGAAAGAAACUGGGGUUGUGUUUUUGACCGAAGCGAAAAAUUUUCUCGCUAUUGUCGAGGUGGUGAUUGUUGUUGACAUUAACAAUAUUGUCAAGGUCAAUUUGUGGAAGCACGUUUUCUUUUGGCAGUUCUUUUUCAUUACUUCAACAAUGAAAAAGCUAACAAAGCUGCAUUUUCCACUAUAUUUUUAAAACUAUAGUUCUUGUAAAGUUAAGAACCUCCCUACGCUGUAGCUUAUAUCGAAAAACGUAUCACUUUGGGUCGUAGAAAAAUCUCUAUGUAGUGGAUAAUCAUGGGUUAACGAAUCCAAUAAGUUAUCCACUAAAGCGUGUGCAGUGAAAACCGCUGCAUUCGUUGAAGUGAAUAAAUCUCCCACCAGAUGAAAAACGUUUUCUGAGGUGACAAUUUCACACCUAUAACAGUGACAAUUUUAUCACUCGUGGACUUUGGUGAUAUGCACUAACAAUGCCCUUCUUCUCUAACAACAGCAAAAUUUCUUACUGAACCAAAGGACGGCUUAAUCCUGCCUAGUUCCCAAGCAUCUUUGUCCUGCGAAGCUAAAUUUGUUUCCAGUCUUAAGUUCAACUGUUCAGGAGGUGUCAUUCCUAGAGAAAUAUACCGUGGUGAAAAUAAACGUAACAAGACCAAGUUAAUUGUCGCCAUCUCCAAGAUCAAGCCUGAUGAUCUUCUUGAGGUUUCCUGUGUUUGUGAAGCUAUUGGUUAUAAUGGCUUAGUAUUAAGGAGUAAAGCUGCAGUAGUAAAGAAAGCUUGUAAGUACUUUGCUUAUUAUAAAUUCUUCUUUUUUAAUGUACCAGUCAAUUCCAAAACUGCCCAUGCCUCCCCCACCAACUGAGUAAAACCCUAGGCAUUUGACUUUUUUGAAAUAUUUCGGUCUAAAUGCCUCUGUAUGUUGGCAGUUUAGAUGGUCAAAUGCCCCACAGGCUAGCACUUCAAAAAGUGUCAAAUCCCUCACCCACCAGGUAUUAGGGACCUUAAGAUGGGAUGACGGUCCAAAUCCCCACAAGGUGAAAAUUUCACUUUUACCCACCAUCUGGUAUUUCAGGGACUUUGAAACUGCCUUUUCCCAUAACAAACAUUCAAAUGUGAUUGUGUAUUCCAGAAAUCCCACAUUUAACAGGGUCUUUCAAAGGCUUUGAAAUGCCUUAACAACACAGUGAAUAUAGAAGUAAUGACCCAUGAACAUGCUUAAUGAAGGGAUUACGACAUCCUUUUGCUUUUGAUGCUGACCAGCAUUUUGAUACAAAAGGGGUGGGCAGCUGGCCUCAUUAUGGGUCAAAUUUGCUACUGUACAACAAGCAAAACUCCAGUCAAAUGCCCGCAAUAUGCCUGGGGAGGGAUGGGCAGUUUUGGAAUUGACUGGAACAUAAAAUGAACAUGAAGGGUAGAAUUGGAGUUUACAAACAAUUUACCAGGUGGAGGCCAAGACAGAAAACAUUGCUGUGAAUGUCAGUGAUUUUAGGGAGUUUUAACCCCUUAAGCCCCGAUAUAAGUAAUGGUAAUAGGACUGAGUGGAGUCCAAUUCGGUCUGUGAUCAUAUGAGUGAUUGAAUCAGAUGACCACAUAGGAGGAGUCCGAUUUGUUUAACCAUGAGUAUGCUUACAGAUCGAAUUGGAUGACACAAAGUUCUGUUAUAACUAUAACAAAAUAUACAUUAAGCUAUUUUUAAAAUCAAAACUCAAGAAAUUAGGAGAGUUUUUUUUCUAGCAGUGAAAUUAAAAGUGACCAGUGUGGUCCAGGUUCAAAUCCCAGUGUCAACUCUAUAUGUGGGCUGGGUUUGUUGUUGGUUCUGUCCCUUGCUCUGAGAGGUAUUUCUGCAGGUACUCUGGUUUUCCCCUCUUUUACUCAAUCUGGAACUCACAAACACGUUGAAACAAGUUCAUACGAGAUGUUAAGAAUUCCUAUGUAGGUGCUUCAUGCACUAAGAAAUAAUACAAUUUACAAUAACUAUUUAAUUUUAUUUGCAAGCUUUCAUUGUACAUGUAUUUAUUUGUUUAACUGAUAAUAUACAUCCUCAUAAGUAUUUUAAUUCAACUUAUGGCCUUCAUAUCAUCUCUUUUCCAGAUCUUGGUGAAAACAUCAUUAUUUCACCUUCUGCCCCUAAGGUAGCCAAAGACUUUCCGGUGACCCUUACGUGCCAUCUUCCCGAUGCACUCCCAAGCCCAAAUGUGUCAUGGCUAAAAGAUGGUGUCCCUUUCGAUGUGCACUAUGAUAGGAGAGUCAAGGUCAUAAACCAAGAUAACUUUUCUCAAGUUGUUAUUAGGCAGGCAUGGACAUCAGAUUCAGGCUAUUAUUCUUGUCAAGUAUCAAACCCUGUGGGAAAACGAAGUGAUAAGGUCAAACUUAAUGUGUAUGGUAAGUAUAAGAAAUAUAUUACCAUUUAGAGAUGUACAUGUGUAGAAGAAAUCUCUACACUGCGUCAAAAACUCUUUCAUUAAAAAUUUGGUUCUGCAGAAGUACACUGUACACUGUAUUCUGGUGGGUUACAAGUUACAUGUAGUAAUUGUUCAUUGCAUUGUUUUGCAUCUACAUGAAGGUCAGUAGGCUCUUUUUAACACCUUCAAAUAGUAGUAGAAUUAAGUCCACCAGUCCUCUUCAUCAAAAUGGUCCUUUUUCUUUCAACUUGUACAGAACCAGGGUUCUCAAUAGAUUUUUAAGUAGGAGGUGAUCACUGAUAAAGUAGGAGGCUCUUCAGCAAAGCCAGAGGUGUCAAAACAAAGCAAAGAAAAGCUUUUUAUAAAUCCCAAAGUAAGCGGCCCUGGUCAUGGAAUAGGUGGCUGUGACCAAAAAAGGGGCCUUUCACCUCCUGCAUCUUGCAGCCUUUCCAUGCAUAUUUUGAUGUGUAAUUUGCCACAUUAAAAAAUGGUGGCUUUCGCCCUAUUACUGCAACUUGGCAGUAAUAUGACCAUGGUGACCUACCAUUUUUUCUGUCAACUCCUCCUCGCUUAUCAAAGGUUUAUUAUUUUGUUGAAAUUUGCAUCGCAUGUGGAUUGUACAGCAACGCAGAAACCCAAGUUGCCUUUAUAUAUAGGAUAGGGUUGGUGGGACCUUCACAACAGGAUAUUUGCAUCUGGGCACCCAUCCUGUUUCUAACUCUGCCUGACACAACUUAACUUGAGUGGCAGUACAACUGUAAAUUGUGAGGGUUAAUGCGAGAUAUAUUUUUCUAGUUUAAGCCAGGCAGUAAUGUUCUUGAAUAAAUAUGGACCAAUUUACAGUGCAGGAAAAGAAACAAUCCUUGGAACUGUGUUCAAAGUGUACAUGUGUACUUGUUUUUUUAUAAUCACAAUUAUUGGUAUUGUAAGGGCAAUACAAGGUACGGCUGCUCUUAAACAAGAAUAUAAUAAUAAUUAAUAAUAAUUUAAUAUUUAUAUUGCGCAAAAUACAUGUAAAUAUGAUCAAAUGCGCAUAGAAAUGGAGAAAAUAGAAUGGAGACCGGCCUCCAUUUUUAUAACUAAAUUUUCUUCAAGAUAGACAACCAAUAGCUAAAGUUUGACAAAAACCACUCAGCAGGUUCAGUUAUAGAGGAAUGACCUCAAGUGACUGAUGGUCAAGGCCAUGUCAGACCACCAGUAACUGACUCUUUUGAAACCGUUGAUCUUGUACUCACCCCUGUCUCAGUGAUAUUACAGCUCUCACUGUUAUUUUAAAUGUCAUGUUGUUUUAGAUAUUUUCAACUCAUGAGUAGUGUUCUCACUUGCUCUUAGUUGACGGUGGCUGGUCUGCAUGGAAGGAGUUUUCACCUUGUACUGCAUCGGACUGUGGAAAUGGCACCAGGAUGAUGAGACGCUUCUGUACAAAUCCAUCACCUGAAAAUGGUGGAAAAAUUUGUAAAGGACUCCCCUUCAAGAACGAGUUUUGUAUGGGACAUUGUCCUGGUAUGCUAGACUUUGAAGCGAAAAUGUGACCCUCCACAGGAUUUUAAUGCUAAAAGUGAAAGCACGCGCAUGACACGCUUUUACCUUAAAACAAAAGAAUUUAUGUUAACAGGCCUUAGCACGCUUGCAAUCUUGCCUCAUUAGCAAUUUCUUUUGUUUCAGAGGACACGCUUGAGACAAUUAAGCGUGAACAAGUCGAACAAAAGAGCGUGUGAAAGUUUUCAAACAAAAGCCCCGUGCGAAAAAGCACAACGCGCUUUCAGUGUGCGCAAAAGCAUGCAAGGCUCGUUAUCUAUAAGCUAAAUAAAUUUCCUCUACAAAAGGAACCGCAAAUGAUUAUGGACGGCACCCUUUUUUGGUAACUAUCGAGAAAGAAAAAGUUCUACUUCAGCAAUCGCAGUAACAGUAUCUGAUUGAAAAAAACGUUGACACUUGGAAAGUAUAAACAGUGAACGGUGGGACCUACUGGAUUUAUGUGUAGAACUUUAUUAGCAUUGCAAAAUCAAAGUUCUUUCCACCAAUGUUUACUGACGAAGCUGUGCAAAGGUUAUCUUAAGUUUCCUUAAUUUAAAUCACAUUUGCAAUUUUCUCAGAAACAUUGAUCUUUUGGACUUAAGUCACUUUCUCGCCGAUCGCAGCAAUCACAGCGAUCUAAUAGAAAUCAGCAAGUGCUAGGAUCGCUAAAUUGUAUUUAUUUUUUAGCGAUUGCAAGGAUCGUAGUGAUCAAAUGAAACCAGCCUGCUUGUCUAGAUGUACGAAAAUUCCAGCGCUUGAUUCAUCUUAGCAUAGCGUAACGAGAUAUCUUCACACAAAUUAUGAUUGAUAGCGCUUCGUUCGUCAGGGGCUAGCAUCCUAGGACAACUUCAGUCUUUUCGAAAUUACAAGGGCUUCAGCAUUAUUUUCCCAAAAAAUUUAGCUUCCAAUUGAAAGUUUUAGGAAAGUGAGAAUUUUUUGGUAUUUUUGGUCCCCGAAAAUUUUAGGAUUCCUUUCUCUACGAAAAAUAGCUUAACCUGGGGAGUGAAAUGAAAAAAAUUAAACUUCAGAAAAUCGUAAGGAAUUUAUCAGAUAAGCUUCGAAAAUUGUACAUGCUUGGAACGGUCAUCUAGAAAUGUUUAGCCUUCCUCAAGCUAUAGAAAAUUCUAGGCAGUUUUUGUUUCUCCAAUUUUACCUUCGUUCAUCUCAGCAUGGCUUAAAGAAAUAUAUUAAACUAAUUUAUUCAACUUCAUUUAUCUGUGCAUUACUGCUAAUAAAUAUUCGGGUGGCAUAACUAUAAUUUUCAGGCGACGUAACUUCAGUGCCUCACAUGCAAUAGCAGGCCUCUUUGCGAUUCCGGUCAACAGCCGACAGCCGGAGGAAUUGGUUUACAAUGGUCUUGCGUUUAAAUUCCAGGCUAGACGACCAUUAAGUGGCGAUUUUCAAAUGGCUACGGUUACGAUCAAAUUCCAAAACAGUCUCAAUUGGUAUAUUUAAUUCACUUCCACUAGUUAUCAAUGCUGAUUAAAUCCGCUGAAAACCCAAGCCAUUUUUAUCAUCUUAGCAGUUUUAGUUAUCAAGAGUGUUCAGCGUGUCUUACCCAAAUUGCACGCUAAGAGUGCUGUAAUUCGCACAAUUACCGUGACAUAUGGCACGCUACAAAAAAACAAAAGGUCUAGCGUGUUAAAUUUACCAAAACAAAGGCAAGUGUGUCCGUCUUUGUUUUUUCAAUUUAAUAUGUGCAUAUCUGUGAUCUACGACACGCUAAGCGUGUCGUGAGCAUGCUUUCACCUUUAGCAUCAAAUUCCUGUGGACAGUCACAAAUAUAUAAAUAUAAUUUUAAUUAUAAUGACAAUGUAAAUUAAAGAGUUGCUGUAGUUAUAAUGGCUCAGUCAAUCCAUGCUGCCCAUUCCCCCUCCCCCAGGUAUUUUGUCAUUGUUCUUUUUUUUUGGAACAGCUGCAAUUGCCCAGUGGUGGGUCAGCUGGCUCUCACAAAAAAAAAACUGUGAGGCUUAAAGAAGUGUGCAUAUGCCUCACCCUGGGACAAUACCAAAAAAAAAAUACCGGUGUUGCAUUUUCCCAUAAUUGUAAGCUGAAAAUGCAAUACACCAGUGACUUAACCAUGAAUAUUUCCAAUAUUUAUAUAACAGUAAAAGUGCUUUUAAUAUUAUUUACUUUGCAAUUACACACUCAUACCACAUUUGGAAACUCUUGAAAAAGAUUAAACUAGCUAUGUGUGUCUUUGGACAACAAUCAGACUCUUCUUUAAUCAGUUGUAUCAAUUGUGAGACCAUGGUAAACUCCUUGACUUAAAACCAUAACUUUCCUCUCUGCUAAUUUUAACAUAGCCGUUGCAAUCUCCCAUAAAUUCUUACAUACGACUCUUGGUUUGGCUUUCCUACAAAACUAAAUUUAUCAGUAUAAUGCGUCUUUUGGUGUUCUGCGAUUAAUUGCUUCAUGUUCUUGUGUGCAACUUGGAGUAGGUGAUCCAGCCAAAGUACUGUUAAAGCAAGAGACAUCUUUAGACAAAGAUCAGAAAUUUCCUGAAGGAUGCAAAAAAUACUGUGGGGUUGGUUGGUGAUGGAGCAAACACCACACAUAUCUUUUUUAGAGCAUAUGUUAUUAAAAAUAUUCUUCAUAGAAAUAUCUAUAGCUUAAAUCCUUUAUACAUGUACAUAUUAUUUUCUCUUUUAUUUUAAAAUGCUGCCUAGAUUAUGAAAUCUAUCAUUCAUGAUUUAAUAUGCCGGUUGGGGGAAUUCCCUAUAUUUCUUAUAAGCUCCUUGGCUUCCCUGAGAUUUCCCUACUGUUUACUACUUUGAAUUUAAUCUUAACAAACACUAUUUGUCAUGAUUUUAUAGCUAUACUUAUUGUAAUUUAUUUUGUGUGGCAAAAUGAUUAAACUGAACUUAAUGUUGAAAAGGCACAAUAAUAACUGUGUCUAGAAGAACUGACAAGUGCCCCACCCCUGGGUAGAGGUUUUUUGACAAAUUCCCCACCACCAGUACUGACAAGAUGACAAAUGCCCUGCAAAUGUCGUGGGGAUUGGCACGCUUGGAAUUGUCUAAGCCAUUGAGGAAAAAUGCUGUGUGAUUUUGUUUGUUAAAUAUCAUGUAGAGGGGUACAUGGUAAUUUUUACUUUUAUUUUGCUUAGGUUUGAAAAUCGAGUGCCCUGAUGACAUUUCUGUGUAUGUCAACCGUUCGGUUUGUAAGAGAAAAGUUGUAUCUUGGAAUAUUCCAGAAGUGAAUGGAACAAAGUAUAGAAUUCAAGUAAUUCCACCAUGGGCUGUCCCACCUGUGGAGCUUGUCAACUGUUCAGAAAAUGCUGUUUAUGUAAUUACUUACGUUUUGAGGGAAAAGAAUGAACAGAUAGCCAACUGUUCCUUCAAUAUAACAGUGUUGAGUAAUUCUGGUGAGGUUCAGUUAUUUCAUUCUAAUCAAUAGAACUUGUUCACGAUACCCGCCAUCUUUGCAGGUGCUUUAGGAUUGAUGGGAUAAAGGCAAUGUCACGUGUUAUUUCAGGGAACAAACAAGCGAUAAAAUCUGCCACUGCAUGUAAUCGCAGUCAGUUUUUUUUGUCACAACGAAAGGGCAAUUUAAUAACCAUGCAAAGUGUACAGUUCGAGUUCAGACAAGAUUUAUGUCAUUGUCUUCUGUGAGGAUGGUCACUACUGCAUCCAAAGCAAUUAAGAAUGAUCACUUCUAUCCUUAAUUUGCCAUUAUCGUCUUAAAGAUGGAAAGUUCUUCAUUUUCUUUUGUCGAGAAUAAACAAACUCAAAUACGCUUUCUUGCAUUGGCAAAUUUUUUCACUUUUUUGUAUGUCCCCUUAGAAACCACGUGAUAUUGCUUUUAUCCCGUUAAUCCUAAUGCCUGUGCAAAGACGGUAGUUUUCUGAAUACGGUCUAUUGGAACUUUUUAUGAGGACUUCCUCAGUUAAUUAGGAAUUAUUGUAUGAGGCUGAGUAUAAUAAUAAUAGUAAUGAUCAUUUAUUCAACCUUUUUGCAGCAUAAACUGAAUUACAAGGCGGGUCAUUAAUUACAUACAAAUACUUCGGAAUUAUGACACGUAAAUGUAACUGUUAAUGUUAAGAGAUAUCACAUUUCGCUAUUUUAAACAUGAUUCUGGUAUUUGAUGGUGCAAAAAUUUCCAAAUCUGUUAGUUCUUGAGGAGACAGGUUCAGAAGCAGUUUCUCCUGUUCUAAGGGCAUACGGUCUUGUGUGUGCAACUCGCGGCACUAAGUUUCGUAGCAGGUCAGAAGAAGAGUAACUUUGCUUGAGAAAUGUUAUGCACGCAUCCUCCCUCCUCUGGUGCAGCAAAAUUAAGCCUGAUUUCUUGAGCGCGUCCUCAUAGCACAGAGAAGGAAAAAUAAUUUUCAGCGCCCUCUUUUGUGUUGAUUCAAUUUGAUCACUUAAGUAUUUACCGGCAAUACAUACUAUUGAUAUUACAAUAGACAAGAAUAAGCUGCGUAUGCGAAGUAUGAUCUGAAGAAUUAUUAAGAAUUAUGUAGAUCAAUCCUGGAAAGAAGGUGUUAUCUGCUAAGGCAGAAAGUUGAUAACACCUUCCGAGAUCUCCAUAAUUCUUCAGAUCGUAAGAAAGCCAAAAUCCAAAAACUUAUAAUUCUACUAUUCAUUCAAAAUAUUUCAAAAAUAGUUCCUGUCUUUUUUAUUUGUUCCUUGGCAAAUAAUUUUUCAGAAGUUAAAGGGAUGUUUAGUCUUGCAGAUAUUUUUCAAAUAGCAGUUGACAUCCACCAAGUCCUGUUUUUCCUGUUCUUGCUGUUUUAAGGCCGUACAAAAUGUAGUUCAGCUAAAACAAGUGAAAUUUUCUGCCAUUUUCUCCAGCUGUACCAACACAACCAAUCCAAAGCAAGUUUAUCCUCAGGGCUUUUUGUGUUGGCUGCCGUUCCUUUUUCUGGUGUUAUCCUGUACUACUGACAUCAUUUUACCAGAUAAUAAUUGUUGCAAACAUCUUCCAAAUAUGUUGAAUGCUAGCUGGUUAUGAAGAAUUAGGUGAUGGAUUUGAGCCAAUCAGACUCAAACAAGAAAUAUUUUGAGUAAAUAACAAAGUUUUAUAAUAAUAAGCUGUACCUCUCAUUAUUGUAAUUGAAGAGCAGUACCUGAUGAAUAUUCAUAGGUUUCAGGGUUGAAAAUAACAGCCAAUCAAUGGACAACAUCCAGCUAGAAUGGGGACGUGACUGGCCAAAAAAUUCACUUGUCAGUCGUGUUGACUGGUCACACAUGCACUGUUAUUCUUGGGAAAAAAAAACAGCCAAAUACUCCUUUUGGUUCCAUUCUGUUCAAGUUAAAACCAUCACUCUAUCAAUGCUGAAAACCGGGACCGACCAUCUUAAUGGUGAUGAGGAGGGGGGAGGGGGGGAGGAGAACAUGUUUGUAUGGUAUAUUUUUAUUGUAGAUAGCUGUAUAUGCUUAUCAUAGUCAAUUUUUUUGCUGUAAAUAUGCAUUGUUUGAAAGACAACACAACAUCUAGUUUGGUUAAUAACUUUAUUUUAUCUUUUUUAGCUGUAGCAAAAAAAGAUGACGAUACAACUCAACCUCCAAGCAAUACCCUAGAUUUCAGUCAAGGAACACUUAGUAAGUGAAGGUUAUAUUUUAGCAGGUAUAAGAAGGAAGAUCACGUCACAUCUGGGCUCAAUAAUAAUUAUUAUUCCAGUUAAUAUAAGUGCUCUUCUAUAUAUUAAGGUAUUAUUCAAUGCAUUACCAUUUAUUUACCAAUUUUAUUUUUUAAGUAUUUCUUGAUCAAUGAAUGAAAAUUCCAUCAAUUCCUUUUGUCCUUUUUAAAAUGUAGUACUAGAUUCAGAAUCUCUACCAACACCUUGCAGCUACAUUCCCUAUGUCCCAACCUUCUUUUCUGUAGUUAGUUAAUGAUAGAAUGGGAUCAAAGUGUAAGGCAACUGGCUUGCAGAGUGCCAUCUCCCCUAAAAUUUACCUACUUGUAGUUAUUCCUGUCAGGGAAUUCCAGCAAGUAUGUUGAAAUAUUAAUGCAGUUCUUGGGCUCUGAUAAUCUUUGUUUUCUCAUGGCCCAUGGGCAAAUGGAUCACCCUGUGAACAGAGCCUCCAUCUGUCUUCUUGUGUGAAGAGGAGAGAAGGAGGCACUGCCUGAGUUGGGUCAAGACUUUGAGGUCUCCGCAGCGCUAAAUUCUGGACUAGUCAAUCUUGUUCUCUCUUGUGAAACUUUUUUUUUCGAGUGCAAGGAUACACUUGUACAUGAAUUAUUGAUAAACUAAUGAUCAUAACUGAGCCUGCUCUUACACACUUUAGGAUUGCAACCAUAUUAGAGCUGUUUUUGCCCGGGAAAUUACACAAUAAAAGUUAAAUCAUUUAAACAGCAUUUUAGAAUGACUUGUCACUACUUUUUUGUUCUGUUUAGGUGCCAUUAAAAUAGGAAUUAUUGUGGGAGUGAUCGUGAUUCUGCUGGUAUUGAUAGUAGUAUUUGUAUCAAGAUUUAAACAAAAAUCAAGUCAGAUGAAAACAGCUCGAGUAUACACACCAGAAAGUGGACUUGAACUAGGUAAAUUAACGUUCCUAAAUGGCUGACCCACUUGUAUGUCCAGCUUGUGUUUGUUUUAGUCAAUAGGGAAGUUUUGUACUAUUUGUUGGUGCUGCCGAUUAGGUCCAGAGGGUCAAAUCCUUAAGGAAAAGGCCAUUAUUAGCCUAAAUUUCAGGCGAUUACUUUGAGUCAUUUUUACUCCUUCAACAAUGACGUUAUGAGGGAGUGAAAAUGACUCGAAGUAAUUGUCUGAAAUUCAGGCUGCCAUUAUGGGAUGAGUUUGUCGUUGCCCUUACACCAAGGGGUUUUCUGCAGAAAUUCUGGUGUUCCCCUCUCCACUUUGUGGCACAGGGUCCAGAGGAGUUUCGUGUGAAUAAAUGAAUUACUUGUUUUAAGUCUCACCUUGAAAAAUGUCCAUACCUGUCGCUUAGCACGAUUAAUUAGCCCAAUGGGAUCUUAAUGAAUCUACUGUAAAUGAUUUCUUCGCUUCUUAUCUGACCAGAUCGACUUUGUUGUUCGCCAUUUUGAAAAUCAAUGACCACAAGCCAUAUCCUCGUUGGCGCACGCAACGUCGCCCGAAGGGUGACCGAAGGCUGUCACCCGAAGGGCGACCGAGGCACGAAGUGCCGAGUAAAAAAAAGGACAAGGGAGGAAACUUGUACCACUUGACUUCUUUCGCUGUGAACCGCAUCACUCGGUGACGGAAGUGAAUGAGACCGGAAACGCAGUAGCAAAAUAAAUUUGAACGCUUAUUUAUACCGUUUUCCUACAGUAUUUGGCAAAUACAUAAGAAUUCUAGAUCAGGUUAGAAAAAUCAGGCAAUUUCAUUCAAUUCCAUUUGAGUUUCAGGGAUUCAAAAAUCGACCCCAAAUUUGUUUCCUCCCUUUCCGUAUUUUAUACUGUAAGCCGAUCUUGCGAGCCCUCAGUCUCUUGGUUUGCGGUCUAUAGAAUGUGUAAUGAAACUGUAACGCGAUCAAAAUAACCCAUUUUUUCAGAGGUUUUCGACAGGUUUUGAUGUUCUAACAACAAACACAUCUCAUCUGGACUCUGUGUUUGUGGAUGUGCCACCGAUAAAUCAUUAUUUAUUCACUUAUUUAUUUGUUUACAGUCGACUCUCUCUUAACGGACACCUCUAUAAGACGGACACCUCUGUAAAACGGACAGCUAGAGUUGGUCCCUGCCCGUCUUUGCUACUUCUAUUUGACUUUCUAUGAGACGGACAUCUCUCUGGAAUGGACAGCUAGUGCCGGUCCCAAAGGUGUCCUUCUUAGAGAGAGUUGACUGUAUUUGUCAAAUUAUUUUAUGGUCAUGAAAGUAAUGAAUGAUAAUCAACCAAGCGACCAUAGUGGAUAUCAGAUCCACAUAGUGGAUAUCACAGUGGAUAUCAGAAGUGAAUUAAUAGUUUAAAGAAAAUGUUUAUGACACUUUUAAAGCAGGUUCACUCUGCUUUUAAACAGUAAGCCUGAUACAGGGGAGCUGGGUGAUAUGAAAAGACUCAAGACAGAAUCCAGCAGGAAAUUGAGUAAUUUUAGUUUUCAGUCGACAAAAACCUUGUACCAGAAAAAUUUAGAUAAUGUGGCAUUUUUACAUUUUUCAAGGGCUAUAGAUGUAAUUUGUUAUCUGCAAUAACUCCGAAGAAAAUUUCUAAUGAGAGCCCAAGAAAGUAAAAGUCAAAUUUCACCAAAUGACCAGGGUUCUCAAUAGAGAAAGUUUGAAGAAUUUUUAUAGCCUGUGUUUAAGUCGCUUUUCUUUGCUUUGUUUUGACACCUCUGGCUUUGCUGAAGAGCCUCCUACUUUAUCAGUGAUCACCUCCUACUUAAAAAUCUAUUGAGAACCCUGAAAUGACACCUUACACAAGAAAGUUUGAAGAAUUUUACCUGUGUUUUCACAAUUCUUGUGAAAUUUGACAUUUAUUUUCUCGGGCUCCCAUGAGAAAUAGUCUUUAGUGUUAUUACAGGUAAAAAUAGAUCAUUCUCUCUUGCAGGUAACUUUUAUUAUAUUUAUAGCCCUUGAAAAAUGUAGAAAAGAAUGCAGUAUUGUUUAAAUUAUUCUGGUACAAGGUUUUUGUCCACUGAAAAUUAAAAUUACUCAGUUUCCUGAUGGAUUCUGUCUUAAUUAUUAGCCUCCCGGAAAUAAGCCCCCUCUACAAUCGGCGACGAAAUUAGUCGAGACACUUUGCCCUAAAGGCCUUUCUGACGUUCUUACCGACUUCAAAAGGGGAAAAAAAGUUUUCCUUCCCCCAUCCCCUCCAUGCAAUGUGCGUUGUUCAUUUACUUUUAGAAAACAACAAACACCCCAACUGUGAAUGGAGGGAAGCAGGGAGGGGUGUGGAUUGUUUUGUUCUCUGAGGUACAAUGUCUCAACAACUUUGUCGCCGAUUUAGCUUGUAUUGAAUUGAAUUUGAUUCAUCAAAACGUUUUGAAGCUUGAUUAAAAACCAGUAAACGCAAAACGUAUCUUGAUCAGCACUGCUAUAGCUUUUUUGGAGGCGCCUUUUCCGGUUUUAGAAGCCCCCCUCGGAUGUAAGUCCCUCUGUUUUUAUGCCCUCUUAAAACCCCACUUUAGUUUUUGAAUAUCUUUAUGUCAUGUUACAGUAUUGAUAAUAUACAUCAAACAUUUCUUAUUGGCUGAGAGUAAUGCAGUUUUUUACUAAACACAGUCCAAAAACGAGGAAAUAAAAUGCAAUUAUCUUAAAGGAAGGAAGCAUUGUGAUUGGCCAAUAGACAAUAGAAAUAUAUAAGAACCAGUCAAGUAAAUUUUAGGGUAUUAAGGGUAAUCGUACGACUUUUCUCCUUCAAUUUGGUAUUUCUUUGCACCCCUGUAUUUUUUAAAAAGUAUUAUAAUUGCAUCCGCCCUAAGGACUCGUGCAAUUUCGAUAACUUUUUGAAAACCGCACUUGUGCAAAUAAAUUCCAAAUAGAAAAUCUGUAAGUCUUAUGAUUACCUAUACAUACAUGCAUGUUGUUUAUUUGUAGGGUCAUUUAAAAAAGCUACUUUGGACAGCACCUCACCUCUUAUCACUCGUUCAUCAUCCUACGUAGAGUCUUUCCCCGUAGUAGGUGGUGAAAAGCUCCGGGCAGUUUCUCCGACUUUUGACGAGGAGUUUGAUUUUGUUGGGCUUCCCCUCCAAGAAUCCCCUAAGAGCAGGCGUGUCGAACAAGCAGAAUUUAAAAGACCCGCUGCUGAAACCACUGAAGUUGAAAUAGUGAAUGAAAGGACGAAGAAUAGGGAACAAAGAUACGAGAGGACAAAUUCUUCUAUCAGUAACAAGUCGACUGUUUCAGAUAUCUCUCGCGUGAUGUGGAAUAUUUCAAACCUCCCAGAAAAUGUGAAUCCCAAGAUGAUGGCCUGGGGACUAGUGGACCAUAAUGGAGGGAGGUUCACCAUAGGGGACACAGGAGUGAGCCUCAUUGUACCACCCCAGGCUAUCCCAGAGGGUCACACUGAAGGCAUAUAUAUAGCUAUCAUGGACCAAGAAAAGGACCAUCCUCAUAUCACCGCCAAAGAGUCCUUAUUGAGUCCAGUUGUGAAGUGUGGCCCAAAUGGCCUCAAAUUCAAGCGUCCUGUGGUUUUAAGCCUGCCACACUGUGCUCUCCUUGAGGACGGUGCCUGGAAUUUAAAAGGUGAGUAGGUGACUGUUACUUCUUUUCACACCCGUCCGUGAUAGUUCGAAAGUUGCAUAGCGAAUAAGAACAACCGCAUGAAGGAGAGAUAUGGAUAAGAUAUGGAUAAAGAGGAUACCCAGAGUUGGUCCUUGUCGUUGCAGAUUAGUUAUUUUCUUUGAUUUUCUAUAAGGCAGACACAUUUCUAAGGUGGAUUUCCACUGUCGCCUGACGCACGGAAAUUUUAUGCUCUUAAAUAUAACAGAGGCAAUGUAAAAGGCCGGGUGCAAACGUAAAAGUUCAGCGACGUUCAACUUUUACGUUUGUGCUUACGCGCGACACUUCAUACAUUGCCUCUAAUUUACUGACGCGCGUAAAACUACGUGCGGACGCAAGUAAAGAUUACGCGGCGGUGGAAAUCUAUCUUUAGACGGACACUUCCGUUCAGUCCCAAUGUUGCUCCUAGAAAAGGUUUUAUGUUGACACGUUUUCUUUUUUCUAACCAUAGUCCAGUACAACGAGACAGAGUCGGGUGCACCAGCAGACUGGAAGCAAUUGAUUGACAUCAAUAAGCAGGAUGGCUCAGAUCCUUGCUUAGCUUUAUUGGAACCAAACAUGGUUUAUUUAAUGGUGGAUCAUUUCACGUCAUUUGCUGUAACUGGAAAUUCAGCUGCCAGUGAACCAGCCAAAAAAAUUGUCAAGAUUGUAGCAUAUGUAUCACCUCCAGCCCAGGCAAAUGGCGACUGUGUGGUGAGAGUGUACUGUGUAGGGGAUCUUCCUGUUCAUUUAGAGGUUUGUUUUGUUGUUUUCUUCUUUGUAACGUUUUCCUUCGUUGAUGAUUGUCUUGUGUUCUUCUUCUUUGCUUUGCACAAUGGCAUUUUCACGGCGAAUAGCCUCCUCAUUGAACGCCGUCUGAGGAUUGCUUGGGCUUUAUAGUUGAAUGUUACCGAAAUAAGAGUUGCUAAAAUGCGAUGAUGAUGCAGGGGCGUAGGUAGGGGGGGUCCUGGGGUGCCCGUGACCCCCCCCCCCCCCCUUGGUAGGCCUUCUUUUGAGCAAACAACCUACAAUAUUCAGGUGGCGAAAACGCCAUGACAAUAUCUUGUCCGUAAAAGCCAUUGUUGAAAAGCCCACUUUUUUAAAAUUUGUUUUUUUGUGAAGUAUUUUCGUCAACGGCUCUUGUCUUUAGUUAAUAUGGGCCUUCAUUAACAUUAAGUAAAACAUGCACGGCGUGGAGGUCGACAUGACAAUCUGUUGAGUAGCCUCUGUGACCCCCCCUUUGAAAAAUCCAGGCUACGCCCCUGGUCAUGAUGAUGAUGAUGAUGAUUCAUCAUUCGAUGCAAAUCUUUCUUUCUUUUCAUUGGCCGAGAGCUCACCACCUGACCUGCAAUAACUGCCUACAAAUAAUAGUUUGUUCAUGCGCAAUGUCGUCCAACUGUGUUUGGCUGCAAAUGAUAUUCUAUUCAUGCGUAAAUGAAACUACGCUUUCUCCUCCUUGCGAUCGCUCUUGCGUGAAAAUGGCAAAAUGGCAAAUAUUCAUUAAAAAAAAAAGAGAAACAAACAAACUCGGUGAUCGAAUGAUGAAAAAACUAUUGAACUAGGUUGUCGCAAAAUAUGGUGAUUUCUCAGUCUCGCAGAUCUAAGCCUUUGGCUUCGCCAGAUAAUUGAUCUGCUCGCCACUGACGAAUCAGAUAGAUAGAUAGAUAGAUAGAUAGAUAGCUUUAGCUGAGUAGAUAGCUUUAUUAAGAAGUAAAAUCAUUGCAGCCCCCGGGCCGGCUGAAAUGUGACUUACUUUACGAUGGAACUAAAAAUUAUCUAUAAAUAUAUGAUAACUACUAUAAAAACCUUAAAAUAUAACCUACACUAAUAAUUAAAACUGUUCGCCAUAAUAAAAGUGUUUUCAAACCUAUUUGUCUUACAAAUCGGUAGUUUGAAGUAUCUCUGGUUACGGGUGCAAUAAGUGGACCCGUUGCGUGGCGGCAGCAGAUCAUGGAGCUUGUGGCUUUGGUCCCUUACAAUUUGGUCAAAUAGAGCAUUACUCAAGGCCUUCCUCCUCUCGUACAAAUCACGAUAUUUUGCUCAACCUCGUCCAAAAUUGUUCAUUGUGGCUAUUCAUAAUAAUUAUAAUUAUUUUUUGGGUGCUCUUCCAGAAUUUACACAGUCAAGAAACAGAGAGGUUGAAAGGAAUAACAAGGGAGGCACCUCAGCCUUUUUACUUUAUUGGCGGUGGAGGUGAUCUCUUAGUCAAUCUCACAGAUAAUCACCCGGGCUGGAAAAACACCAGUGUAGAUCAAAAGGUGAGUGACGACUUGCUUGUCCAGUUGCACAUUAUUUUUAAGAGAAUGUCAGAUGGAUUCCUCAAAGUCCCCUAUUAUUUGAUAAGAUCGUCUUGAUCGGGCGCUCUCCGGUGCUCACCGCUCACCAGCCAGUUUGUUAUUGAUUUCAAAUGUACCGAGGGGACGGGUGUCGUGUGGUUUAACCCUUUAUAAACCCUAAGAUCAAAAUUUGAAUUCUCAUUUGUUGCACCUAUUCAUUUCCUACAGAAGUAGUGGAGAGAAGUCGAUAAAAUAUCAAGCAAAUUCAUCGUGUAUGAUCAUGUGGGUAAUUCUCAUGACCACUCUGUUUUACAGAGCAUUGAUAUUACAAGGAGAAAUUUCUUGCUGAUCACUCUUAGGGCUUAAAGGGUUAAAUCGGUUGGGGAAGGGAGGCGAGAAAAAUAAAAUCACCCUAACCCUAACCCAUUAUGGCCUUUGAUAAGAUAUAUUAUUUUUUGCCACCUCCUAAACCGCCCUGAGUAGAUAGGAUAGUCAUGGACUUGGUCAAGAUGGUCGCCUGUAGCGCUCGUUUUCAACGAGGGAACUGUGAACAGUCUAAUCAGUUUAUGACAUUUUGGGAAAGCCUGUUGAAGUGAUUUGCUUGUUUAGAGUAAUUUUCAAUUGAGUGUCGAAAGAAAUCCGGGAUUGCAUUGGUUUUGCUUUACUGUGCUCUGUGAGUGGUCUAGAAAACUCGCGCCACCUUCUAAGCCAAUCAGAUACAAAACUAAAACCAAUCGCGACCUGGUUACUCGCGUUUUCCCGCGCUUAAGGCUGGUUACAUGCGUUUACUUCGAUUUCUCAUUGGCUCCCUCUGAUAUUUUCGUUUGUUCUAAUUGGCCGUUGUGAUUACUUUGGUUUUGGUUUUACGACACUCAAUCGAAAAGCGCUCUAUUUGUUUGUUUGCUUUUUCUUUUUCUUAGAAAAUCCGUUUUCAACAUAUCUGGGAAGGUAUUGAGAGCAUGCCAAGUCGCAGUUUUACGUUCUCUUUGGUCGACAAAAGCGUGCCCCAGUUCCGUGCCUCGUUUGAAGUCACUCAGGACUGCCAAGAUGGCGACGAACAAGAAGUUAGCGUGUCCACGGCGAUCGAACAAUCGUCCAUAACGAUGGUAAGCGGUAGUAAGAGCUUAAGCAAUAUUUCAGCGUUCAUUUGUUUCCUGCUUGUCGUCUACAAAAUAACGAAGUAUAAAGAAGCAUUACGUGAAGUGUAGAUUUUAUCAUGUUUUUCGUCUGCAAUGCGCUUGAAUUAAGUGAGAAGGCCAUCGACGCAUUCUUUAAAAUGGUAACUGGCAAUCAGUCGCUGAGCGAUUUUUCUCAAAUAACGAAAAUGUCGGCUGGAGUUCUUCAAUAUUUAGGCUCCUUUCUGCCUCACCGGUCCUUAUACUAAGGGCACCUUAAAUUUGUCGGGACUGACCAACCAGACGAGUCCAGACUGCAGUUGCACGUUAGUUUUUAAACGUUCGCGUUAUAUCUAUUCAACCGUGAUAAAUUAUUGUCAACCUUAAUUUCAGGACCAGGGCAGCAUGUCUGAGUCGAGUAACAAAGCAUCGGAGCAAACCUGUUAUUGCGGAGGAUCGACCAGCUUAUCUAAGGCAGCAAGCGAACCUGUUCUAGAAGAUAACACCGCUGCCGUACUGCAUGCAGGCUCGUUAUGUAGUCAUUUGCAUUCUACGUCACAAGCGAAUAUUCUGCUUGGCGGAGCAGGUCCCGGCAGCCCAACUGGGUCACCAAUUCAACUGAAAAAUACCUCAUCUGGUUAUUUUUCGUUUGGUUUCGAACCCUCGCCAUCUACGGACUCACUUACAUACAGGAUACGUAAUGAACUGAUUUUGAUUCUUGAUCCGCCGCAUCCCAAGGGCGAUUGGAGAUCUUUAGCCGACGGGGUUGGAUUUGAAAUGAAACAUAUUAGGUGGCUGGCAAACUGCAAUUCCUCUGCGUCUCCGACGGACAUUCUUUUAACAGCGUUAGAGAGCAAGAAAUAUCCUCUCUAUAAACUGGCGGAGAAACUGCGCGAUAUAGGUCGAGACGACGCGGCCAGCCUGGUAGACGCUCAACUCAUGUUGAGAGAGACUGAGGUGUAG